CCUCUCUCCAUGUCUUCACAGCUGGUCCGCAUCGCCAAGGUCCUGGGCACGGACGACCUGUACGGGUACCUGAAGAAGUAUCACAUAGAGUUGGAUCCUCACUUUAAUGACAUCCUGGGACAACACUCGCGGAAACGUUGGGAGAACUUCCUGCACAGUGAGAACCGCCAUCUGGUGAGCGCCGAGGCUCUGGACAUUCUGGAUAAAUUAUUGCGCUACGACCAUCAGCAGAGGCUGACCGCCAGAGAAGCCAUGGAGCACCCCUAUUUCUAUCCGGUAGUGAAGGAGCAGCAGGCCCAGACAGACCCCAAUCUGCUCCCUGGCAGCAUGUCAACAGCUCGAUGAGGACCGGGCAUUGUGGGUAAGG